UUUUUUUUUUUUGGUCGCAAGUAGGAAGCUUUUUGCACUCCACCACCUCUGGCCGCUGGGAAGACGUCAUCGCUUCCGCCCUACUUCCUCCUCCUGUUGGCGGUGGUGAGAAUCCAAUAUGGAGUAAAACGGAGGAGGAGUAGGGAGAUGGGGCUCGGACGGGGCGCCCAGCACCGCCUCCUAGGCGCGCCUCCCCUCGCGGCGGACCGCUCCCUGGGACAGUGAUUGGUCCAGCUUCUCCCACCCUGGGGGCGACCCCCCGCCCCGGACCCCGAGCCCCCUCCUCACUCCGGGCAGACCCCUUCACCUCCCCUCCUCUCCUCCCCACAGCAGUUCUCUUCCACUCUUCUCCCUUGGCUGCUUGUUUUUCUUGUCUUCGUCCCCUCCUCCUCUUUUCGUCCCCCUCCCCCCCAACCCAAAUCUCUUCUCAGUCCCCUUACUCUUGGAAACUGCACCUUCCUUGCUUCCUUCGAAACCUCCUAGCCUCUUGCUUCAUUCUCCCUCUUUGCCACCAGACUGUAGAGUCUCCCACUCUCUUUUCAGCUCCCCUUUUCCCUGUGCCUCCCCCUUUUGCUUUUCCUCUUUACUCUUUCCCUGCCCCCCACCUAAAACCUCAGCACUUCUGCUGCUGGCUACUUUAAUUCACACCCUCCCUACUGUGCCCCCGUAAUCCCCAACCCCUUUUCUCCUGUCUCCUCCUCGCCUCUUCUCCCCCCUCCCCAAAUCAGGCGAUCUCUCGAAAUGUGAGGAAGGGGGGGUGGGUGGAUGGGAAGAUGAAGGGAACAGAGCUACCCGCUGCGGGGCAUUCAUCUAGGUGAACAAGAAAAUGACCGAAGAAACACACCCAGACGAUGACAGCUAUAUUGUUCGUGUCAAAGCUGUGGUUAUGACCCGAGAUGACUCCAGUGGGGGAUGGUUACCUCAAGAAGGAGGUGGGAUCAGUCGAGUUGGUGUCUGCAAGGUCAUGCACCCAGAAGGGAAUGGAAGAAGUGGUUUUCUCAUCCAUGGGGAACGGCAGAAAGACAAACUGGUGGUAUUGGAAUGCUACGUAAGAAAAGACUUGGUCUACACGAAAGCAAAUCCAACAUUUCAUCAUUGGAAAGUUGAUAAUAGAAAGUUUGGGCUUACUUUCCAAAGCCCAGCUGACGCACGAGCCUUUGACAGAGGAGUGAGAAAAGCAAUAGAAGAUCUGAUCGAAGGAUCUACAACUUCUUCUUCCACAAUCCAUAAUGAAGCUGAGCUUGGAGAUGAUGACGUUUUUACAACAGCUACAGACAGCUCUUCUAAUUCUUCUCAAAAAAGGGAGCCACCCAACCGGACAAUCUCUUCUCCCAUGUCCUGUGAACACCGGAGUAUAUAUACCUUCGGCCAUAUUCACGACCAAUAUAGCGCUGACCACUAUCAACUUGAACAAUCCAUCCCGAGACCGUACCGACAGGUCAGUUUCCCAGAUGACGAGGAGGAGAUUGUGCGUAUCAACCCCCGGGAGAAGAUCUGGAUCACGGGCUACGAGGAUUACCGGCACGCCCCGGUGAGGGGCAAGUACAUGGACCCCUCCGAGGAUAUCGACUCCUACGUGCGCUUCGCCUCCAAGGGCGAUGCCUCCAAGCACGACUACACCUACCCCUACGUCGACCACUCGGACUUCGACAUGGGGGAUGACCCCAAGGGAGGGGGCGGUGGCGUGAUUAAGACUCAGCCCAGCCGUGUCAAGUCCCGGCGGAGGAAGGAGGACGGCGAGCGCUCCCGCUGCGUGUACUGCAGGGACAUGUUUAACCACGAGGAGAACCGCAGGGGCCAGUGUCCGGACGCCCCUGACCCCGUCAGGACUUGCAUCCGCCGAGUCAGCUGUAUGUGGUGCGCGGACAGCAUGCUCUACCACUGUAUGUCCGACCCCGAGGGGGACUACACGGACCCUUGCUCCUGUGACACCAGCGAUGAGAAGUUUUGCCUCCGGUGGAUGGCCCUCAUCGCCCUGUCCUUCCUGGCCCCCUGUAUGUGCUGUUACCUGCCCCUCCGAGGCUGCUACAACUGUGGGGUGAUCUGUAGGUGCUGUGGCGGGAAGCACAAAGCCGCCGGGUGAAGACGUGCCCGGGCUCGUCUCCCUGUCUCCGUACCCUUGGGGGCCCCGCCCCAUGGGGGCCACCCCGGCCCUGCUGCCCCUGGAGGCACCAUUCCAGCCUGGGAAGCCCGCGGAGGGGUUUGCCACUUGAGCUCCAGCCAGCACUCUUAAUCAUUCACACAGACACACACACACACACACACACACACACACACACACACACACAUACGCCCCCUCCCCAAUGUUGUAAUGAAAUUAACCUUUGGCAUAGACUAUUGUAUUAAUAAUCUGUAAUCCAACUGAUUGUCUUGUACGUGUUUAUAGUCCCUGUCCCCGCCCUCCCUGGCCCUUCCCUCCUUCCAGCUUUCCACUUCAGAAGAAGGGAGACUACCGGCGGAACUGUGGAUUUGCAGGGAAUUUUCUUGGUUGGGGGUUUGGGGAAGAGCAUCUCAAGACUAUAUCUCGUUAAGCUUGCCUUGACAAACCACCUGUACCCAGAAACUCGGGGUACUUACCAAAAUAAGUGAGAAUGAUGAAAUCCCACCACAAGUAUUUGAACCUGCAGUCAGUUAUUAUGUGUAUAGAAGGUGUGCUAGCGUGUGCUACAACACGAUAUUGCUAUUACCAUUCUAAAGCCAAAUUUCUAAUGUCAUGUCAACUGCAGUUUUUGUUUCCAGUCCAUCAUCAUUUCUUUUGCAAAAAAAAAAAAAAGGAAAAAAGAAAGAAAAAAAUGAAUUUAAAUUAUUCACUAAUGGAAAACAUCCGUUCAUGCAAAGACAAUGAGAAAUAAGCCUUAACAUCAGGAGGAGUCCUCAAACUUCACAUGGUUCCAGCUAAUGCUGGAGAAGCAACUUAAGAUUUCUAUGAGCUACCCAAAUAAUUACAAAAUAGAAUCUAAAGGAUUUAAGUAGAAAAAAAGGGAGGCAGUAUGAUAUGGUGGAAAAAAAGACAGGUGGACCUGGGUUCCAGUCCCAACCCUAUGUGUGUGAUCUUGUGUGGUUCAAUGGAAAGGGCACUGCAUUUGAAAUCUGAAAAGCUAGCUUUGAAUUCUGACUCUCCCACUUAUAACCUAUGUGAUGUUGGGCAAGUCACUUAAUUUGUCUAGGCCAGUUUCCUGGUCUACAAAACAAAAUGAGGGGAAUGGACCAGAAUGACCCAAGAUCCCCUCCCACUCUAAAUUAGUGAUUCUCCAUCACUUUUCCUUAAGUGGGCCUCAGCUUCCUUCUCUCUAAAAUUAGGAGGCUGGUCCAGCUGAUUUCCCUCCCCAGAAUUCUGCAAUAUGGUGGUUCUAGGAUGGGAAUUAAACAAUCACAUUCCUCCCUCAAGUACUCCAACUUAGAGUAAAACACUAACUUACAAAUAAUUCCUAUAUUGCUCAUUGUUCUGCAGAUGGAUAGUAGGAAUCCAGGGCAGACACAAAAAGCAGUUGUCAAGAUCCACUAGGAUUUUAGAGAAACACUAAGGUUUUGGUGAAUGAAACCAGAAGCUUUUUCAAAAUAGACUUUAUAUUAACUGUAUAGAGGGAAAAAUUUUAACCGUCAUAAAGCUUAAGAUUUUGUUUUUGCAUUUCCUAAUCACUUCCACGUCACCAAAUUCCAAAUUUGUACUUGAAAAGAAAAAUAAGGCCAUAUGUAAAAUACAAAAACUUCCCGAUGCCUAAGUGUCUUUCUCCCUUGACUCAGCACCCAGUCUUGAUGUCGUCAUUAGGAGUGUGCAGAUGUUUCCAACAGACUUGUCCUAUUUAAAAAAAAAAAAAAAAUGUCUUCUCUCUAUGUACCAGGCUUGUAAUUAGCUGGGGAAAAGAGUAUUUUUCUAACUUAUUACAAGGAAUAGCCAAAUAAUUUUUUUAUUGAAAUAAGAAAAAAAAAAAUGAAAAAUGUAGAGCAAUUAGCGGUAACUAGCAUAGUACAAUCAGAACCGUUCCAAGGCCGUUAGGGGUAGGCUUGUCCAUCAACGCUGGCACUGCUCUUCCUGCCAUAAUUUCUUUCUGCAAUCAGUUGCCAGUUGAGUGCAUGGCCUGAUCCACCCCUCCCUCCUUAUUGCACAUGGACAUCCGUCUUCGAGGAAAGGGAUUUCUCUUCUUUUUGCCAAUCACAUUGGAAAAGUGUUUGCCAUGAUUAACCUUCUUGGGAAUGUUUUGCUUUCUUCCAGUUCUCGGGGAGUUGAUUACAGUGCUUGGAGUAAAACUAUCAACAACCAACAACAAAAACCGUGCCCAGUGUGCUUUUGACCUAGAGUCAUCAAGUGCUCAAUUCGUAGCAGUUCCUGAUUUAAGCCUUCUAGUUGGAAAGGGGGCACAGGGGUAGAUUUGUCUGAUUCUCUAGAAUUGGAAAAGAGUUUCUACUGUCCCUGGUAGCAAAUGACCGGCCUUGGUUAGCAACUCUGUCGAACAUCAAACCAGCCUCCAAAGGCUCCCGCGAGAGCCAGUGUGUUCAUUCCUCUGUGAUGUCCUCUGGAAGGUGUCAGUCUCUACAAAGCACAACAAACACUAACCCAAGUUUCUGGUCAGAUCCCAGUUUAAGUGCUCCUAUUUAUUUCAGUAAGAAGACAUGCUCCAAAGCAGCCUCUGUAUGUGGGAUCUUCUUCCUCUGUUACCUGUUAUUGAAAUCUUCCUUGGCCCUGUUUCCCUUCAGUACCCUUUGGGCUGACCCUCAACAGCUCCCACUACCCGUGCUCUUUUUGGUUUCUGAAGACAGUGUAAAAGGGCCCAAAGACAGACCCCAUGGGGACUUUUGUAAAUAUCUCUCCCUACUCUCCACACUGCAGCUGAACAGUGUGUGGUAUUUUCCCAGUCAGCUUUGCAAUACUGACUUCAAUCAUCAGAGAGAGAGAGAAAAAAACUAUUCAGAUUUUAUUUUUAUACCUGUGGUAACAAAAUGUUAACCAAAAUUUUUUUGUCAUUGUUGUGAAGGUUCUCCCACCCACCCCAAGCUAUUUGCUCACAUUUACCAAUUAAAGUGCCUGAAGCAUAAUUCAUUAUGUACCUGUAUCCUAAAAGUCAAAACCUGUUGUAUUGAUUUUUUAUAACAAGCCUUUUUACCUCUGUGUAAAAAAUAUAUAUACACGUGUAUGAUGUACAUUUUAGUUCUUAACUUUUUUUAUGGUUUCUAAUAUGUUUGAUCAAUGUAGUUAUUGCUUUAAAAUUUACCAUGUAAAUAUAAAUACAUCAUAUCAGA